AAAUUACUCUCACUCUCGUAACGUUUGGUGAACUUAAAUAAGUUAUAUAUUUUCGCAAACACGACAAAAAUGUUUGACAAACGAAAUAAAGUCUUACUGAGGAGUGAAUUAAUAUUUUUAAACUUUUUAAUUACUAUUUUCAUGAUAACAUGCGCUCCCGUAUCACGCGGGGAGUUGUGUUCAGUCAGUUUAGUGCCAAAUCAGUUGACAGCUAAAAGAUACGAGGAGUCCAUGAUUACCAUCCUAUGUGAGGCCACUCUGGACGCCAAGCAGACCUCCCAGUCCUCUCAAUUCACGAAUCCAGUGUUCGACCUGUCGUUUGGAGGGGCGCCCCGGACAGGGGUUUUCAUACUCCGGGGUAAUGUCUCGUGCGAUGAGUCUCGCCGCAGGUGUUGGAGUGAAUACAGAGUGGCCGCCAAUAGUGUCGGUCAUCUGAUCCAACACACCGGACAGAUAGCCUACUUGUGUCAGGUGGCGGAUCAGCUCAAGAAUGCCGACAAUAAGAGUCUGGCCCGAUGUGAGAGCAGAGGAUCCAUUACCUUCAGUAAUGGGGUCGGGGAACAGGAAUGUGGCCGUAAUAUGGAGUGCGGAUCACCGGAAACUGAAUCUGAAAUCCAAAGACAAUGCGUUUGUAAGACUGGAUUCGUAUCCAUACCCGAGACCAACAAAAACACCAUUUGUUUAGAAGAAGCGUCGUUGGGCUCAGUCUGUAAUUACACGAAACAGUGCUCAGCAGUGGAUCCCAACUCUGUUUGUGACGAUAAUUAUUAUCACAGAGUUUGCAAAUGUAGUCAAAACUUCGUUGAAUACAGUGACUAUGAAAGAAAAAAAUGCAAACUUAAGUCAAAACCGACAGUCAGUCCCAGUCAUGAGGAUGAGUCCACUGGAGUUGUGACCAUUGGUUCAAAAGUUGAUCCAAAAAGUGACAAAAGGAGUGAAGAUCUCAAACACGACACCGAAUUAAGCGGUAACUUCACGACUACUCCCAAUCAUAAUGAAAAGACUGGAAGUAUUGGAAUUAUAUUAUUCUUUGUGGCCAUUGUAUUGGCCAUUGCCAUCGUUGUCAUUAUCAUCAGAGUAAGGAAUAGAAGCGACAAAAUGGUGAUCAAUAAGAGGCGGACAACUGAACAGCAAACGGAUGACAACGACGGCGAACAAAGUGAGCCAAUACUCACCACCGAUGGUAAGGAAGGGGUGGAUGAGGUGGACGACACUCAGUCCAGGACUGAUGACAAUGCAACUGAUGAACAGAUCCACAAUAAGAUUAAUACCAAUAAUAAUAAUGAGUCGCAAAGAGUUCAGACAAAUGUGUGAACAAAUCCAUUGAUGACAGCAUUUACACCAGAAUUUUAUAAGACAUCCAAACGUUUAGCAAAUUAUAACAGAAU